CAAGAUGCCACUUGGUCAUUGGUUCGCUUUCCGCCACGACUGCCGCUUGCCACUAGCUCAUGUUAAACGUGUGCCUGUGAGUCAGUUUUGUUGGAGCGACUAUGGGUUGUCUGUCGGCUCAAGUUCGAUCGGGAUGGUGUGCUGUGCUCUCCCUGCACAUGACCUGGCUGGUCUGGACUGGUCUCAUCAAGGGCCUUGGCGUGAUGCUGCCCGUCUUGCAGGAAGAGUUUCAAUCGAGUACGUGGCUGGUAGGCUGGACUAUCGCCAUCAUCAACGGAAUCAGCGACUUUGUGGGACCUUUUGCCGGGCCGCUGGAGAUGAAAUUUGGACCCCGGAUGGUCAUUAUGAUGAGCGGUGUGCUGAUUGGUGGAUCUCUAGUGGUGGCCUCCUUGGCAACAUCUGUCAUACAAUUUGCUGUGUCUUUGACUCUGCUCUCAGGCUGUGGUAUAAGUUUUGCCAAUAUCCUGACCAGGGCGAUGGUGGGGCGGUACUUCACGACACACUACACCGCAGCUAACGGCAUCGGGCACGCGGGCCAUUCGGUAGCUCUCAUUGUCUUCGCACCUCUGACUCAACUCCUCCUGGACACCUAUGGUUGGAGGGGAGCCAUGCUGCUCCUGGGCGGGAUCUGCAUGCACCUUGUCCCGUGUGGGACCCUCUUUACCGACAGACCGACGUCGCAAAGACACGGUGGUGCGAGUGGCGACGAGUACGCACCGCUCCCUGGCGAUUCCGAGUCUCUGCCCCAGAGUUCCAAAUGCUGCUGCUGCUGCCUCGAACUCCAGUUCAGUGGUGCACGUUGCGCUCUGAAUUUCGGCCUGGAGGUCUUUGAGAAAGCCUCUUUUUACCUGACGGCGGUCCUCUUCAUUAGCAACCGCCUAGUCAACGACCUGUGGGUUAUCUACUUUGUGGACCACGUUUACGCUAAAGGAUUAUCCGGGCAAGACGCCGUGACUUUCACCGCAGCGGCCGGAGUGGCUAAUCUGGUUGCGAAGGUAGCUCACGGACCUGUGGUGGACAGGGGUUGGAUGGGGCUCCGGACAAUGAUGGUCGUGACAAUAACCGUGGCUGCCGCUUGCCUCUUCACUGAUCCAUGGAUGAACACCUACUGGUGGCUAAUGGUCAAUGCUGUGGUUUUCAUGGGUGCAGCUGGCGUGAUUGGUGCGCUGCUAGAUGUGUAUACCAAAGACCUGCUCGGUGCGGAUUAUCUUGUCAGUGCUUUCAGUUGGAUGGGAGUCUUGAGUGGAUUUGCCACAACCAGCCUUGGAUUCUUACCGGGUUGGAUGUAUGAUGUAAGCGGAAGUUACGACGGCGCGUUUAUUCUGAUGGGAGGUAUCUGGUCCGUGUCACUCGUUGUCAUGGUGAUGGAAGGUGUGAUGUACAAACUAGGGUGGAUCACCAGAGAUUCCGACAAGAAGUGAACCAUAUUUACCUCGGGUCACCGAAUUGUAUUGAAUGGUCAACGGUUUGACUUCAACUGGUUGUAUCACUCAAAUGAUUGUAUCACUCCAACCGAUAAAGACCUCGUAUAUUAUAUAUAGGCCUAGUAGACAAACAGCGGAUGGUGCUAUGUGGUCUACUCCAGUGGCGUAGCCACGGGGGGCGGGGCGACA